AUGCCGUGCGGGUCCCAAGCGGCCUGCGAAGGUUGCUCCUGCAGCGCCAGCAAUGGCACCCCCGCACCUGUCAACAUCGAGGACUGCGAGUCCGAGCUGCUGGCGCUUCGCAAGCGGACCAUGGAGCUGGAGAAGACGUUAGCGACGAUGACCAAGGGCGGUGGUGGUGGUGCGGGCGGCCCCAAGCGGGGUCGGAGACUACGCUCCGCGGACUGGUUCCGGUGCGAAGAGGACCCGGGCAUGAUGGCGCUGUACAUCGAGCGCUAUCUCAACUACGGGAUGACUCGCGAAGAGUUGAUGUCCGGCAAGCCCAUCAUUGGCAUUGCGCAGACGGGGUCGGACUUGGCCCCUUGCAAUCGGCACCACCUGGAACUCGCGAAGCGGGUUCGGGAGGGGAUCAGAUCGGCGGGGGGCAUUGCGUUCGAGUUUCCCACCCACCCCAUCCAGGAGACGAGUCGACGCCCCACGGCGUGCAUUGAUCGCAAUCUGUCGUAUCUGAGCCUCGUGGAGGUCCUGCAUGGGUAUUUCUUGGAUGGGGUGGUGAUGCUCACGGGCUGUGACAAGACGACCCCCGCGUGCUUGAUGGCGGCUGCUACUGUGAAUAUCCCAGCCAUCUGUAUGAAUGUCGGCCCCAUGCUCAAUGGGUAUGUCAAGAACGAGCUGGCGGGUUCGGGCAUGGUGGUCUGGAAGGGCAGGGAGAAGUAUGCCGCCGGGGAGAUCAACACAGAACAAUUUGUGGACUAUAUCUCUCGAGGAACACCGUCCGCGGGACACUGCAACACAAUGGGCACGGCGUCGACGAUGAACGCCUUGGCUGAAGCCUUGGGCAUGGCGCUGCCUGGCUCAGCCGCCAUUCCUGCUCCUUAUCGCGAGCGAAGCCAAUGCGCAUAUGAGACUGGCGUCCGAAUAGUAGAGAUGGUUCAUUCCGAUCGCAAACCGAGCGACAUCAUGACGAGGGAAGCUUUUGAAAACGUGAUAGCGGUGAACACGGCCAUUGGGGGUAGCACCAAUGCUCCCAUCCACAUCAACGCCAUUGCAAAACACAUAGGGGUUGACCUUUCCCUUGAUGACUGGGAUCGUCUAGGGUUCCAUAUCCCCCUCCUCCUGAACAUGCAGCCUGCGGGGGAGCUGCUGGGCGAAGAAUAUUACCGUGCAGGCGGACUGCCCGCGAUCAUGGCCGAACUGCUGGACGCAGGGAAGCUGAACGCAGAAGCCAUCACAUGCAAUGGUCAUACAGUAGCGGAGAAUGUGCGGGGGAAACACACCUGGGACCGUCGGACGAUCCAGGCUUAUGACGACCCGAUCCUUCAAGAUGCCGGGUUUCUCCACCUGCAGGGUACGCUGUUCGAGUCGGCCAUCAUGAAGACCUGUGUGAUAUCGGAUCAAUUCAGGAAGAGCUUUCUGGAGAACCCCACCGACCCCAAUGCUUUUGAGGGGGCGGUGGUGGUAUUCGACGGACCCGAAGACUACCAUCAUCGGCUGGAAGACCCUGCAACCCCCAUAACCGACAAGAGUAUUCUGGUGAUGCGCGGGGCUGGACCGCUCGGUUACCCCGGUGCAGCAGAGGUGGUCAACAUGCAUCCUCCGGGGAACCUUUUGCGACAAGGAGUCAAAUCGCUCCCUUGCAUUGGCGACGGGCGACAAUCGGGUACCUCCGGAUCUCCGUCGAUUCUGAACGCGAGCCCCGAGGCAGCUGCAGGGGGGAAUCUGGCCAUCCUGAAGGAUGGCGAUCAGCUGCGUGUUGACCUCAACCAACGCCGGGUAGAUAUUCUCGUUUCAGCCGAGGAACUGCAAAGACGUCGGGACGAACUCGAGGCCAACGGAGGAUACGGGGUACCGGAAAGUCAGACUCCAUGGCAAGAGUUAUUCCGCAAAGAGACGGGGCAGCUGAACGAAGGGAUGGUUCUUCGCGGAGCAGUCAAGUUUCAACGCUUGGCCCAGCGUUAUGGGGCACCGAGACAUAACCAUUGA